GCCCCACCCCGCCCCGCCCUCCUCGAAGUCGGAGGGUUCUGUGUGAACGCUCCGUGCUGCUGUCGCCUGCCCGGGUUCUCAACGCGGUCUUUGUCCCUCCAGCUUUGUUCUCGCCGCGCUGGCGUCGUCCUCGCCCCCGUCGCCGCCUGCCCCGCGCGCCCGGGCCUUGCCCGCCAUGGUGGCCAGGCCCGAGCCCGAGGUCGAGGCCAUGGACGCUGAGCUGGCGGUGCCGCCGCCGGGCUGCUCGCACCUGGGCAGCUUCAAGGUGGACAAUUGGAAGCAAAACCUGCGGGCCAUCUACCAAUGCUUCGUGUGGAGCGGCACUGCCGAGGCUCGCAAGCGCAAGGCAAAGUCCUGUGUCUGCCAUGUCUGCGGCAUCCACCUGAACCGGCUACACUCUUGCCUCUACUGUGUCUUCUUUGGCUGUUUCACAAAGAAGCACAUCCAUGACCAUGCCAAGUCAAAGCGGCACAACCUGGCCAUCGAUCUGAUGUACGGAGGUAUUUACUGCUUCUUGUGUCAGGACUACAUCUAUGACAAAGACAUAGAAAUCAUUGCCAAAGAGGAGCAGCGCAAGGCUUGGAAGAUGCAAGGUGUUGGAGAGAAGUUUUCAACUUGGGAACCAACUAAGCGGGAGCUGGAACUGCUGAAGCACAACCCGAAGAGGCGGAAGAUCACCUCCAAUUGCACCAUAGGUCUGCGUGGACUGAUCAACCUGGGGAACACGUGCUUCAUGAACUGCAUCGUGCAGGCGCUGACCCACACGCCGCUUCUGAGAGACUUCUUUCUGUCAGAUAGGCACCGCUGUGAGAUGCAGAGCCCCAGCUCCUGCCUGGUCUGUGAGAUGUCCUCUCUCUUCCAGGAGUUUUACUCGGGGCACCGCUCCCCACAUAUUCCGUACAAGCUGCUGCACCUGGUGUGGACGCAUGCCCGGCACCUGGCAGGUUAUGAGCAGCAGGACGCACAUGAGUUCCUCAUUGCAGCCCUGGACGUCCUCCACCGGCACUGCAAAGGUGAUGACAACGGGAAGAAAGCUAACAACCCUAACCACUGCAAUUGCAUCAUUGACCAGAUCUUUACGGGUGGGCUCCAGUCUGAUGUUACAUGCCAAGUCUGCCACGGGGUCUCCACCACCAUAGACCCCUUCUGGGACAUCAGUUUAGACCUGCCUGGUUCUUCCACCCCGUUCUGGCCUUUAAGCCCAGGGAGCGAGGGCAGUGUGGUUAAUGGGGAGAGCCACGCAUCCGGCACCACCACUCUCACAGACUGCCUGCGACGAUUUACCAGACCAGAGCACUUAGGAAGCAGUGCCAAGAUCAAGUGUAGCGGUUGCCAUAGCUACCAAGAGUCCACUAAGCAGCUCACCAUGAAGAAGCUGCCCAUUGUGGCCUGCUUCCAUCUCAAAAGAUUUGAACACUCAGCCAAACUUCGGCGGAAGAUCACCACUUAUGUGUCUUUUCCCCUGGAAUUGGACAUGACGCCCUUUAUGGCCUCCAGCAAGGAGAGCAGGAUGAAUGGGCAGUACCAGCAGCCCCUGGACAGUCUCAACAAUGACAACAAGUACUCCUUGUUUGCUGUCGUUAACCAUCAAGGGACCUUGGAGAGUGGCCACUACACCAGCUUCAUCCGGCAGCACAAAGACCAGUGGUUCAAGUGUGAUGAUGCCAUUAUCACCAAGGCUAGCAUCAAAGAUGUGCUGGACAGCGAAGGGUACCUACUCUUCUAUCACAAGCAGUUCCUGGAGUACGAGUAGCCUCCUGCCUUGCUGGCCAGAAAGAGAGAGAGAGAGAACAAGUUGGCAAGCUUCUCGACAUGAUCCCUGUUCCCCCGCAUCAGAACACCAUGGUAUCCCUCCUGUGCAGGCGAGCCUCACAUGGCCGGCCUGCACUAGGGGAUACGUCAGGUGGGACGUAGGAGCUGAGUGGAGCGCGCCCUUGAUGGAGGGGAGCUGCCUCACCAGCACCUGCCUUCAACCCUGUAAGCUGGGGAUGGAUGUCUUCAGAGCAGACCAGCCUCUGCCUGGUGCUUCCCCCGCCAUCCCACAUGUGUUUAAAAAGCACCUGCCUCCUUGAAAAUGAGCCCAUGGAGCUAUAGAGUGGGCAGAGGUGAUGCCAGAGGGCAGAGUGCUUGCAGCAGCCAUCUGGCAUGAAGGGCAGAAGAUGUGUCCCUUUCUAAAAUUGUUGUAAGAUAACCCCCGGGCCCAGGUUGAGGCCACCCACAGGCUACAAACACAUCGUCCUACAGAUAAUGUAGCAUCAGCUGCAUGUGGAGACCCAGCUCCGAGGCUCCCUUUGUUCUCUAGAAAUAGGCGUCUUCUUACCUCUACCCUGUUGCUCUUUUCCACAGUGGUGAGUUUCAUAAACGUGAUAGUGACGUGAAUGAUUGAUUAUUGAGUUUAUAUGGAAUUCUAGAUGAUGCUCUUCCCUUCUGAGAGCAUGUCUUGCUUUUUGAUCAGUGUUGUUUCCUUGCCCUGUACCCUGCCUUCCUUCCCAUACAGUCAGCUGGUGGCCAGGCAGUGGAUCAGGGUCCCUGUUAUCUUGAUCUUUGCAGCAGAUUCCUUGGUGGUUCCAUUGACCCAAUCUUCUUUCUUCUUCGUCUCUGGUCUCUUUGCCUGCCCAGGGAGGCUUAGUGGCUGCGUGAGAUUUGAAGCUGAGUGGUUCAGGUGGAGACUACAUUGCAUAGUGUCACCCACUUGCCUCCAUUCUGUGUUCACUGUAGUUUCAGUUACAGCCAGAAUAAGAAGACUCCAUCACCAGUUCUGCUUUAUUGUAAGAUAUUUUGCAUGUAUUUUUCUCUGAACAAGGCCUAGGUUGUCCACUUCUAAGAAACUGAAAUCUAGGGUCUUGGUGUUUCUCCUUACACCACUGCCUUUUCAGUGGUGCUUGCCCAGGAGCCUGUUGGCAUCCACCCCAGGAGUUUCAGGACAGUAAGUAUUUCCUAAGAGCUAGGCUCUGAGCUGUAGGUCCAUAGCAAGUAACACGUGCAUCGUGUUUGCAUAGCAAGUAUGGCUGUGAUUUAAAUUACAUAUAAUUAUGUGUACAGAUUUUUUUUUUUUUUACUAUUUGAAAAUAAGAUUUUUUUUUUCACUUACAGGCUAUAAAAGAGAGCAGUACAGGGUCCAGCCCAGCUCCUUAGCUAAUUGUGAUGGAGUGAGGUUGCUGUGGCAGAACUAAGUGGCUGCUGCUCAAUCGGUGUGAAAAAUCACCUGAAGUCAGGGGCAGCAAAAGCUUUGUCAUGUGGUUGACACUUGCCCUGGUCUUCUCUGGUGUGUUUCUGUUUCUGCAAGUAAAGAGCAUACUUGAAGCAUGUUUUAGAAAAAUCCUUUUUUCGAGUAUGGCUGAGCCUAGAUUCUCAGACAUGGACCCAUGUUUGUGGGACUCUGCUAUGGAGAUGCCCUUGGGGCAGCACAUUGUAUUUGAGUAAGUCCACAUGAAAGACUUCACUGCAGUUGCCUAGGGAACAAGAGCCCCAAGCUUCCUGAAGGUCUGCCUCCUUGACACUCCAGUGGAUGGGACAUCCAGAGCAGGGGAGAUGAGCAGGUGUGCUGGCCAGGCCUGCUUCCUCUGUCCCCACAGCACACAGCCCAUUUCUUCCUGUAUUUGGGGCACUAAGGAGGACAUCAGCUGUUUUCUGUCAUCAUGACUUUAACCUUUUAUAUCUGAAAGCAUUCCCCUCCUUCACCAUAGUUUUAACAUUCUAAACACUUAACUCUACCUGUGGCAAGGUCAACCAACUCCAUGACUGCCACACAUCCAUCUGGCCCUACCUCUCUGUCCUGGGUCCUCAGCAUGGUGUCUCCACUAGAUAGGUGUGUGUGGAUGACUAAGGAACAGUGUACUUGAGCAAUGGGCUUGGGAAGUUCUUUCAGUUCCCAUUCUGGAUAGCAAGGCAGGAGAAGGGGGUUUCCUAUCCAAGAACCACCUAGUAUAUGUGCUCAGAUGGUCACAAAGUGCAUCUCACCACAGGGCUGCAUUGCCCACCCCUAGUCUAGAGCAGUGAGCAGACCUCUUCAUAGACCACUGGUGCCAGCUUCACAGCAGAGUAAAGUAGCCUUCUUGAAAUGUCCUCAGUGAGAGGUUAAGGCGUUAGAUUGGCUCUGCCAUGCCUCUCCAUCCCAGAAGUCCCCUCAAGCUGGGCACUACCUGAGCGUCCCACACCAUGUGAACCUGCUGUGUUUGGCUCAGUGUGUAUGCUUUUCCUUGUGUAAAAUCAUUGUUCUUUUUUACAAGUGGCUUGUUUCAUUUAUUAUAGCUUUGAAAUCAAAAAUUGUGAGGAAAAAAAUCCAAUGAUUGUACUGUGGUUAGAAGUUUUAUUACUAAGACAUUUAUGUCACUUUUCUUUCCCUUGUCAUUUUUAGGGGCUAUUUGACUCCUCCCUAAUGGCUUUUAGUCUUUCCUAUACCAUAAUAAAGCUGCAUUUUAUUCUGAAA